CUUGGAAAGAUAAGAAUUCCUGAUUGGUCAAUUGACAAAUCUGGGGUGUGAUGCCGGCCAUAUAUCAUCCCUGGUGCAUCCUAUCUUGUGUUUGGGGAUCCGAGUCGACCGGCAAACAGGCUGUAUAUUCAACACCAGUCCUAUUCUCAGCCAAGCAAAGCCAAAUGUCUCCUUAUUGCUUCCUUUAAACUGCUCAAAACACAUAAGCUCACUCCUCACCUCCUCCAACAAUGAACGACCCAGAGAAAAAGGAUCAUGGCACUCGCAGGAGUAGCGAGGUUGUCGCGGUGGGAUCAGAUACGUAUACCGCGGAAGAGGAAAAGGCAGUGCUACGCAAGAUUGACAUGGUCAUUCUGCCAUUCAUGUGCUUCGUAUUCUUCCUGCAAUACCUCGACAAGCAGAGUCUGAGCUAUGCGGCCGUGUUCGGCCUGAUCGAAGAUCUGAAUCUAACGAACUCACAAUACUCAUGGUCCAGCUCGAUCUUCUAUGUCGGCCAGCUUGUCGCGGAAUAUCCCUUCAUUUAUCUGAUGAGUCGGCUCCCAUUAACCAAGUUCGUGGGUGCAACCGUUAUCAUAUGGGGAAUCAUCUGCAUGUGCCUGGCCGUCCCGAGAAACUUUGCCGGCUUCGCGACAGUCCGGUUCCUCCUCGGCUUCAGCGAGGGGGCCGUCUCCCCGGCAUUCGUGACCAUCACGGGGACUUGGUACCGGAAAAGGGAGCACACGGUGCGGACGGCGCUCUGGAUCACCAUGAAUGGCGUCGCCCAGGUGAUUGGCUGUCUGCUGAUGUACGGCAUCGGCAAGAACAGUUCCUCGUUGGCAAUCGCCCCCUGGCGGGUGCUGUUCCUGCUCUGCGGCGCGCUCACCGUGGCGGCGGGGAUCGGGUUCUUCGUGCUGAUGCCCAGCGGGCCCAAGGACGCCUGGUUUCUGACCGCUCGCGAGAAGACAGUGUUGUCGCUGCGCAUGGCCGAGGAUCGCGAGGGCGGCGACAAGACGUCCUUCGCCCUGCCGCAGCUGCGCGAGGCCCUGCUGGACCCCAAGGCCUGGGCGGUGUUCUGGUUCGGCGUGCUGGUCACCAUGCAAUCCCCCGUCUUGACCUUUGCGUCGCUGGUAAUUGAAUCGAUCGGCUAUAGCAAGCUGGAGACGAUGCUCUACACGGCCCCCUCCGGGGCCGUGCAGGUCGCUUUGCUCUGGGUGGGGACGGCGCUGGUGUACUGGUUCCCGCGGCAGCGAAGUCUGGUGGUUCUGCUGCUGAUCAUCCCGCCACUGGUGGGGACGGUGUUCUUGAUGAAGCUUGACGUGGCGGCGGAGUGGGGGCUCAUCGUUGCUGCUUGGGUGUCCUCGUGCAUUACAGCAUCGAUGUCUAUACUUCUCUCCCUCUCCGCCUCAAAUGUGAAGGGCAACACCAAACGGGCGAUCGUGAACACCAUGUUCUUCAUAGGCUACUCGGCAGGCUGCAUCGGCUCACCACAGCUGUGGACGCACAAGCCACGGUAUACCGAGGGCGUGAUCACUUCCAUUGUGACAUGGUGUCUUCUCUUCGUGGCCGUCAUCGUCUACCGCUUUCUAUGUGCAGCCGACAACCGCAAGCGUGACGCGCAGAUGAGGUCUUCGGAGCUGCAGGGGACUGAUCCGCAGAUCGAACUCGAUGAGAAUGGUUUACCCAGCAAUGACCUGACUGACAAGCAGGACAAGGAGUUCCGGUACGCAUUAUAG